UGAAAAUUCCUUCAGUGUCCACGAAAAACUCCCUUUUUUUAGCGAUAUUGUGCCUAAACUCUUGAAAAAUACGUUGUAAAACACAUGAGCGUGUUCAGUGUGUAUUUUUAUGUUGUAAUCUUACCGUGAAGCCUGGUAAACCGUGCCAAAAUUGUGAAUUUGUCAGUCCUGUGGAAACCUAACCUCACUCAUUUGUGGCCACUGUGAAGGGGUGCUUUACCGAGCAUUUUCGCCCCUUUCCGCGAAUUUGCGAGCAUUUGAAGUGCAUUGCAGUGAAAGCCAAGGACUUUAAGACUCUGUUGAGCGGUGCAGCCGUGAGCGUCAGGAUUUCGCACGGUGUUAAAUUUGAGUGAGUUGUUUUGGGUGGAGAUUAGGGUCAACAGGGUGCACCCGGAGUUGCGCUUCUGACGUCGUGAAUCACACGCAAUUUACGACACAAUCAUCAGAGUUUAAUUGCUAAUUAUUAUUUUCGCCUGUGUACCCGCACAGCCUGUGUCGUACUAACAAGAAGAGUGAUCUUUGUGACUUGUAAAAAGGCAGCAAAAGUGAUAAGCACAGUUGGGGAAACAGUGAAGGAAAAUGAGUGAAAAUGUUCAGGAGAAGAAGCCAGAGGUCAGUGAGUGUGACACGGCCAGUGAGGCUUCCUACGCACCGUCGACGUCGUCUCAGAGGCCCUCGGGCAUUCGGCCGCCCUCCGUGAGGAUCGGGCGGCUGUGCACAACGCACUGCACCCCAAAAGCCUCCCACCCGCCGCCAUCAGAGAGCAAAAAUCAGGGAAUUGUUCUGACCACCGACACUGACAGUUUCAUUAUUGGACAACGUGUUUGGGUGGGUGGAGUGCGCCCAGGACACAUUGCCUAUAUUGGCGAGACACACUUCGCGCCUGGAGAUUGGGCUGGAGUGGUUCUCGAUGAGCCUAGUGGCAAGAAUGAUGGAUGUGUGUCAGGAAAGCGCUACUUCCAGUGCGAAGCAAAGCGUGGCAUCUUUUCACGCCUCACUCGCCUCACACGUGAGCCUUUGCUCACGGCGGACUCCACGGAUGAUCUGUACAGAAGUCCGUCGCGCACUCCGGCAUCACCCGUGAGGACAAUUUCGCCGCCGUCGAGCGUGCGGAACAGCGUGACCCCAUCGCGAUCGGGCACAAAGAGCGGUAUGCAGAUUGGUGACCGCGUGAUCGUGUCGUCGGGCUUCGGCAGUCGUCCGGGUGUGCUCAAGUACAUCGGAGAGACUCAGUUCGCGCCUGGUAAUUGGUGCGGCGUGCAGCUGGAUGAUCCCACGGGAAAGAACAAUGGAGCUGUUGAUGGGAUCAGAUACUUUGAGUGUCCGGAUAAAUACGGGAUCUUUGUCCCGCUGGCCAAGGUGACAUUGUCGCCAUCGGCCAAGAAAACCUUCGUGCGUCUUCCGCGGUCAAACUCAAAGGAAUCCCUUACAUCCAUUGGCACUUUGGGUAGCAUGGCAUCGACGAACACAUCACGAUUGCGAAUGGGAGCAAAUGCUCAGAGGCUUUCAUCAUCCACGAAGCCAAUAACCACGCCAAAAAAUACCUUUUCCCUGCAGGAUGUUUUGCGUGAAAAGCAGAAUCAUAUUGAGCAAUUGUUGGCUGAGAAAGACCUCGACAGACAAGAUGCUGAUCUUCAGUCAGUGAUGUACCAGAAGGAUAUCAAUGAGCUGAAGCAGAAAAUUGUGGAAUUGGAGGGUCGCCUGAAGGAUGAACAGCGCCGCAAUGAGGAUUUGCAGUUUAGUGUGGACGAGGCGCAGUUUUGCGGUGACGAACUUUCGGUUAAAAGAAUAAAAUUGCUGGAAGCGCAGAGUCAGGAAUACAAGGAGAGAAUUACGACACUGGAGGAGGAAUUGGCACAAUCGAAGACAUCAUUAAUAACCACGGAAGCAGAAGGCGAGUCGAUUAAAGUGAAAGAAUUAACCGAAAAGGUUGAGGAGCUCAAGAAAACUCUCUCAUUACGUGAGGAGGAGCUAAAGAAUGUCAGGGAAGAGGAAAAGGAUCGCUCGAACAAGAUCCUGGAACUGCAGAAACAGCUCAUCGAGGCCGAAAGUAACAUGGAUAUUAAGGUUUCGAGUCUUAGUGUGUCGGAAAACUGCCUCAAAGAGGAAAUCAAGAUGCUAUCAUCUCAAAAUGAUGAACUCUGCAGAGACAUAGAGACACAAAAGGCAUCAAUGGAGGCUCUCGAAGUUGCUCAAAAGGUGCUUUUGCAGGAAAAAGAGUCCCUGAAGGCUGAAAAUGCCAAGACUUCUGCAAUGAUGGGGAAGAUUGUGAGUGAUGGUGAAGUUUCUAGUCAGAAACAUGCCCAAGAAAUCCGGGAAUUGGAAGAGAAGAUUCAAAAGAGUGAAGAACGGAUGCAGAUAAAGAAGACAGCUGAGGAGGAUUUGAUGAAAGAAAACCAGAAGCAUGUCAAUAAGAUUGCGGAUUUGGAGAAGGAACUUUCAUUGGUGUCUUCAUCGAAAGACGGAACUGUUGCUGAAUCUCUGGCCAAAGGAGAGAAAAUCAAGGAAUUUGAAAAACUCGUGGAAUCUCUCAAUGCUCAACUCUCGGAAGCCAAUUCAGCGACAACUUCCUCGAGAGAAGAGGUUGACAGUGUCCAAAAGAGUCUCAGCGACCACGUAAAAUGUGUAGCAGAGCUGAAGAGCGAAUGCGAAGUGUUGAGGAAAAACUUGAGUGAACAUGAAAGUAAAUUGCAAGACACUGUGAAAAACCUCGAAGCUGAAACGAUACAAAAGUGCCUUAAGAUUGAGGAAUGUGAGAAAUUACGCGCGACUAUAACAUCAACUACCAACUCAAGUGCCGCGGAAAUGCUGCAAUCCGAAGAGAAGCAUCGUGAGGAGGUGAAGAAGCUCACUGACCGUCUGAAAAGUGUGGAGGAUGAGAAAGAAGCCCUAAAAGCAUCCCUUCAGCAUGAGACUGAGAAUGGGGAGAAGCAGAAGCUACAGAUUGAAUCCCUCAGUAGUAAUUUAAUGGGAGCUGAGCAACAGAAGAUCAGUUUGCAGGACCAAUUCAAUCAGCUGGAUCUUUCUCAUGGCGAUCUGGUGAGGAAAUUCCAGGCGUUAGAGGAGAAAUGUGCUCAAUUGACUACAGAUAAACAAUCUCUGCAGACAGAAUUGACAUCUGUGAGGAAUUCUUCGCUGGACACAAAUUCCGAAGUGGCUCGCUUAGCGCAGGAAUUGGAGAGCAAGAAGGCGUCGUUGGAAUCACUGUCAGAAUCCUCAACAGCCACAAAACUCACACUGGAAAAGCGAAUUCAGGAACUCAGUCAACUUGUAGAGAAGUUCCAGGGUGAAAUUGAUAGUCUGGCGACUCAGAAGAUUCACAGGGAGAAUGAAUUGAAUGGGGAAUUGGCAAAGACCAAGGAACUUCUUCAGAAUGAGAUGGAAUUAACGAAGAAGAAGUACCAGGAUGAAAAGGAGAAACUAAUUCAGGAAAUAAAUGUGAAACUCGAAGAGGCUGAAGUGACAAGGAAUAAUCUCACGGCAUGCAUUACGCGCUUGGAAGAAAGUGUUGCCGGACUGGAGAAGGAUCUGGAGAACUCGAGGAAUCAUCAGAAGGUCUUGGAAAAUGAAUUGGAGUGUGCGAAGAAGCAAUUUGAGUCGUUGGAGAGGGAUUUAACCGUUUCGAAGGCCCGUGUUUUGGAUUUGGAAAUGGCAAAGAAUUGCAGUGAUUCAUCCCAGGAAGAUUUGCUGAACAGGAUGAAGGAAAAGGACAUCGCUCUGGCCGAGGUCAGGGAUGAAAGAGAUACGCUGAAAGUGGAAGUCGGAGCCUUAAGGGAGAACUUUGAGCAGCAAAUCAAGGAGAUUGUAGAUGUGAAGGGUAGUCUGGAGGAGAUCACGAAGUGCAGGGAUGCUGAGAAGACACGAGCUGAUGAGUUGGGAGAGAAGCUGAGAGAUAUGGAGGAUGAACAGGUGGAUUUGGUGGAUAGAAGUGAACAAAUGACGGUUAAAAUCACAGAUUUGGAAACUCUGAACGCGUCUCUGGAGGCAUCGCUUGGCCAGUUGUCACUUGAAGCGGAUUCCAAGGCCAAAUCCAGUGCCACUGAGAGUGAGAGUCAGAAGGCAGAAAUUGUAAAGCUGACGGAAGAACGGGAUGCAGCAAGAAAAGAGGUGGCAGAGACCGUUAAUCUCACUGAGGAGCUGAAAAGUCAGUUGAAAGUGAAGGAAGCGUCAUUAGUUGAUUUUCAGGCGAAAGUGGCGCAAGUCGUCACGGAAUCAGAGAGUUUCCAGAACAGUCUCAGAGAAGAUUUGUCCAGGAAAGUGGAUGCUUGUCAGGAGCUGGAAAAGAAGUGCACAAAUCUGGAGCAAUCUGUGAAAUCUGCAGAGGAAGAAAAGGCAAAGGCGGAAAAGGUGAUUCAAUCUCUGGAGGAAAAAGUGGCGAAUCUCAGGAAAUCGUCAGAUGAGGUGGAUUCCUCAAGAGCUGCCCAGGAUGUUGAGAUGUCAGAAUUGCUGCAGAAGCUCAAAGAACUGACAGAGAAGCUCUGUAGGCGUGAUGAUAAGAUUGUGCAGUUUGAGCGACAGGAAAGUCACCUCAAGGGUGAAGUCGCCGCUCUUCAUGCCAUGCUUCAAGAGCGAGAAGUGCAGCUAAAAGUGGUGAAGAAUCAACUGGAAGCGGCCAGAAGCAAUCCAGUCGCUCCGGCAGUGAACACUGUUGAUGAUUCGGACGCGGGGGCGCAAAUAAGUUUCCUCAACUCCAUCAUUGCAGACAUGCAGAAGAAAAAUACCGAACUGGUGGCCAGAGUGCAGAUUCUGGAGGCGGCACCCGGAGAUUUCAGCCAGAAUGGCCUGAAUCUCGAGAUGCCAGUGCGUCGUAAGCCUGCACCACGUCUCUUCUGUGACAUUUGUGAUAUCUUCGAUGCCCAUGAUACGGAGGAUUGCCCACUACAGGCCUCGGACAGCCCUGUCCCGCCAGAUUUAGUGGUCCGGCAACCCGGUGAGGAGCGUGUCUUGCCACCACCCAGGAAAUACUGCGAAUCUUGCGAAGUGUUCGGCCACGAGAUUGGCGAGUGUGACAACGAUGAAUCGUUUUGAAGACCUCUUCUAGUUAGCUCAAAUAUUUGUUUUGUUGAGAAUUCUGUGUUCCGUUUGUGAGAUAUUA